GGCACCUUAAUUGCUGAAACCAAACUAAAUCCUUACAGAAAGCACUCAGAUCUGCUAAAGGUGGAAUGGAUUUAAGGGGGCCUGAAGGAGUUAAAAAGCUGGCAUGCUGUGUGCCAACCUGUUGCUAAAUCAACACGCCGAGCAGGAUGUUGCAACGAUGUGAUGAUGAAACAUCAUCGAGGCAGAGGAAAAGUGAGAGAGGGAUGAAGGUCAGAAGACAUCGGCUGUUCCUGAUCUGUUCGGCCGGGCUUUGCAUCUUCUCCCUCCUGUACUCCGUCGUCGCUCUGCUGCGCCGCCUGUCCACCUACAGAACCCGCCUAGCCGUCCUCAACAGCUUCUUCUGGAAGGACAAACUGGUCGUGUCCCCCUCCCGUGACGCCCCUCGACCUAAAGAUAAGGACUACAUAAACACGGAGGACAUAAUAAGGCAGAGGAUGUACGAAAAGAAGGAGCCUGAUAAAUGGAAGCCGAGACCGAACAAGCAACUUCACGAGCGAGCGUUUGUCCUACAGGACGAUCCCGCUCCUCACUUCUUCUACACCAAAGAUGGCUCGCUGUGUCUCCGUAGGGGGGCGGAAAAGUCAUCGGAUCAACCCAACGCUACGUUUACCAACCACACAAACCGAGAGAAAUGCGUCUGCCGGCAAGGUUGGCACGGCCCUCACUGCGGUGUUCCUACAGUAGUGCAGCACUCGGAUCUCCCCACCAAGUCCCACCUGAAACCCCGGAGAGUUCCGCGGCGGAUCAUCAACGCCAUCAACAUCAAUCACGAGUUUGACCUGCUGCACGCCAGGUUUCAUGAACUAGCGCACGUUGUGGAUCUCUUCCUGGUCUGCGAGUCCAACUACACCGCCUACGGCAAACCCAAACCCCUCAACUUCCUGCACCUCCUCCUGAAUGGGACCUUCGACUACGUGAAGCACAAGAUCCUGUACGUACUGCUCGACCACUUCCCCACGGGCGCUUAUUCAAACGGGUGGAUCGUGGACGAUUACCUGCGCACCUUCCUGACCAAAAACGGACUGCUGCGUGUUUGGGGUCUGAGACCGGACGACGUGUUCGUUUUGAACGACGCAGAUGAAAUCCCGCUGUGGGACGGACUGCUUUUCAUCAAACUCUAUGACGGCUGGACCGAGCCAUUCGGCAUCCACAUGCGCAAGUCCCUGUACGGCUUUUUCUGGAGGCAGCCGGGGACGCUGGACAUCCUAUCCGGCUGCACCGUGGCCAUGCUGCUGGCCGUCUACAAGGUGGACGGGAUCCUGCUCCGCCGCCGGGAAUACUACACCAUGCCGGGGUUCAGGGAGUACCAAAACAGCACGGGGCAGGUUCUGAUGCAGUGGUCCAUCGGGAGCCCGGUCCACUUCGCCGGCUGGCACUGCUCCUGGUGCUUCCGGCCGGAGGGGAUUCAUUUUAAACUCGUCUCCGCGCAAAACGGCGACUUUCCUCGCUGGGGCGACUACGAGGAGAAGCGCAAACUGAGCUACAUCGAGAACUUGAUACGGACCGGCGGCUGGUUCGACGGGACGGUAGCGAACUAUCCGCCAGCGAGCCGCAGGGACCACAUGUUCGCUCCGAAAUAUGUGCUGGACAAUUUUAAGAGGUAUCACUACCUGCUCGAAAAUCCAUAUGUGAACGAUGAGGAGAGAUCAAGAUAAGGGACAAAUUCCUACAGACUGGUCAAAAUUAUUGUUACACUAGAAUAUGUGUGUUUCGUUAGACACUAGGGGUGACUGGAGCGGUACUGUUAUAAUAUUUAAUAAUAAGAAUAAGAAUAAUUUAGCUCUGAUUUAUUUUGAAAUGUUUGUAAAUGCAAUUGCACUUUUAUAAAUAAAUUAGAAUUAUUUUUA